AUGUUGUAUGUAGCCAAUGAAUGCCUUGAUCUACCCAUCACUGGAGGCGCGGAGGAUCUGGUUGAGACGAUUGGACACAUAUCGCUGCAGGUCGCAUCUCUCAUUGACGAGUAUAUCAAACUUCCCUUUGCUGUCCAUAGUUUGCGCGAUACAUUGUCCAACAAUAUGAAGGAGCGUGGGGGAUUGCUUCAAACGCGCUGCAGGAAUAUCACGGAGAAACUUGGAAGGCGGAUGAACAUCGAUGUCAACCUAAUCAAUGGCCUUCAUGCGUUGCGACUCGAAGGGACUCUAGCCUGGCUGAAUGCACCCGAUCCCUCCAAAAACUAUAACAAUGCGCGGCAGAGACAUGCAGAUGGCACGUGUACCUGGUUCCUUACCGGCAAGGAGUUUUCGGAAUGGAAGAAGAGCGCGAGAUCACUGCUGUGGGUACAUGGAAUCCCGGGAUGUGGGAAAACCAUAUUGUGCUCCUCCGCCAUCGAAGAUGUUUCGAAGCAUUGUGUUAACAAUCCGUUAUCCGCGGUGGCAUAUUAUUUCUUCGGCCCCGAAGAUGCACAAGAUGAUCUGCGGCGCUACAGCGAUCUACUUCGCUGCCUUAUCAAACAGCUUCUUCUCCAAUGCAACAUAAUUCCUCAUGGCCUAGAGCAGACAGUCGGUAGUGCGCAGCCAUCCGAAAAAUCUCUCCUGGAGGCCUUGGAGCUCCUUCUUGUCCAAUUCAAAGACGUAUAUGUGGUCCUUGAUUCUCUGGACGAAUGCACAGAGAGAGAAAGUGUUCUGGCCUGGCUACAGCGCAUUUUGCGCUGGGAAGCAUUCGAACACAAGAUACAUAUUCUGGUCUCGAGUCGGGAUGAGUUGGGUAUCCGACGAUCCCUCGAAUUGCUUCACGUCGUACAAGCGUGUAUACAAGGCAAGUCGGUCGACGAUGAUAUCCGGACCUACAUCGAUCGCACACUACAAACCGACCGUCACAUGCAGAGAUGGAAUGACACGACAAAGGAGGAAAUUCGAAAGCAUGUCUUGGAGAUUUCAAAAGGAAUGUUUCGAUUGGCCGCAUUACAACUAGAGGAACUACGAAGUUGCCACGAUAUCGAUGAACUGAAGCUGCGACUAGGCCAACUGCCGCGCAAACUAUACGAGACAUACGACCACAUUCUAUCGAAGCUCGAUCCAGUGCAUCGUCAAACAGCCUUGAGAGUUUUACAGUGGCUGGCCCUUUCCGCACGUCCGCCACGGCUCAUUGAAUUGCCCGAAUAUGUCGCUGUCGAUUUCGAAGCGAAGCCGUACCCUCGAUCUUGUGAAGAUAUGAGGUACAAUUUGGAAGAUAUUUUGGUCAUCUGCUCGAAUCUCAUUAUAGUCACUGUUGAAGGGAAUGUCCAGCUGGUUCACCCCUCCGUCAAGGAUUAUAUCCUUACUUCGACCUCCUUACAAAACUUUGGAUUCACCACGAACGAAAAAUCAUCUCACUCGUUGAUCGCUCAGACGUGUCUCGCCUAUCUUCUCCAGUUCGAGACCACAGGAAUUCUGACUGAAGAUACGCUUGAUAAUUUCCCACUUGCACAAUACGCUGCCAAUUAUUGGGUUUCCCAUGCUCAUGCUGGAACCGGUGAUGGUCGCACCGAUCCCUUGAACACUUUGACCUACACGCUCUUUACUGGAAACGAUGCCCCGUUCGUUGCCUGGGUUCGGCUCAACGACCUUGAUCGUCCUGGAUCUAAACGUGAUAUGAAAAGGGUGCCGAUUGGGUCCCGCCUUUACUAUGCGUGCUUGGCUGGGCUACAGGACUUAUCAUCAGCUCUGUUGGACGCAGGGGAAGAUCCAAAUGCGAAGGGAUUUGACGACUGCAUCGUGUUGCAGGUAGCGGCACGGAGCGGUCAAUCUCGGGCUGUGCAGCAUCUGCUCGAGAAAGGUGCUGUGAUAAACGCACCGUUCGGAGGACAGCAUGGCAGCGCACUUCGGGCAGCAUCGUCCGAAGGAUUUGGAGACAUAGUUCGAUUGCUUCUUGAGAAGGGUGCAGAAGUGAAUGCCGAAAGCGAAAGAUACGGCACGGCACUGCAGGCGGCGGCAUUGGAAGGACAUGGAGAGAUUGUGAAGCUUCUGUUAGAGAACGGAGCAGAGGUGAACAUGCCGCAGGAGCCGUGCGGCAGUGCACUGCAGGCGGCAGCAUCCAGAGGUCAUGAGUCAAUCGUUCAACUGUUGCUCGUAAAGGGUGCGGAGGUCAACAAGCAAAGCCAAGAAUAUGGUGACGCACUGCAAGCUGCAUCGACGGGCGGCCACGAACACAUUGUACGGCUACUGCUCGAGAAUGGCGCAGACGUCGAUGCCAGAGGAAUGGGUCCAUAUCAAAGUGCGCUCCAGGCAGCAUCCAAGGGGAAUAAUCAAGCGAUCGUGGAGCUGCUAUUAGAGAAAGGCGCGGAUCCCGUGGACGAUAAUGCCGAGGGUACUCACCGAUCCGCGUUUCCGACUCUGACUAUGAUGAUCUGUAACCAAGUGUUCCUUGUCGAAUGAUAACGCUGUGAACAGGAGCAGGACGCACCCUUGGACUUUCAAUUCAACACUCCAUUUGGAACUU